UAAUAAUUUAAAAUUUGACUGCCUUUAAGAUAACCUAAAAAGAGGCAGCAGCCACUGCCUCUUAUUUAUACAUAUUUACAUUAGCAGGCUGGUGUCUGUCGCUUGCUUGUGCCCCCAUGGAUACUGAGAUAAGGCCAUGUUCCUCUCUCUCCGUCUUUCUUCUCUUCCUUCUCCUCUCUUCUCUCAACAUCCAACACUGUGGAGCAACUGAUAGCAUCUCUUUGGGCCAGUCCGUCUCCGGAAACCAGACCAUAGUAUCCAAAGAAGGCAACUUUGAGCUGGGGUUCUUCACACCAGGUAACUCCCGUAACUACUACAUUGGUAUCUGGUACAAAACAAUUCCUGUCCGAACUGUAAUCUGGGUGGCGAACAGAGCAACACCCAUCUCCAACACCUCCUCUGCCGAGCUAAAAAUCUCAGAAGAUGGAAAACUAGUCAUCCUCAACAGUUCCAAAAUCCCAGUUUGGUCAUCCAAUUCAACUCCAUCAACCUCGAAUUCCACGGUUGCUGUGCUUCUGGACACCGGAAAUCUUGUUAUACGCAAUGGGUCAAACACUACAAUUUGGCAGAGUUUUGAUCACCCAACUGACACAUGGAUGCCAGGAGGAUGGCUUGGAGUGAACAAGAUCACAGGGGAGUAUCAGAGCACCACUUCAUGGGAGAAUCCUGAGAAUCCCUCCCCCGGGCCUUUCGCUCAAAGUAUGGACCCCGAUGGAUCCAAUCAGUUCGUAUUGCUGUGGAAUGGUUCUGAAACUUAUUGGAGCAGUGGGCUGUGGAAUGGCCAGUACUUCACUGCAGUCCCUGGUACCAGAGAAAGCACUCCCUUCAACUUCACCUUCGUCGACAACAAGCAGCGGAAGUAUGCCACGUAUACCAUCCUCGACAGUUCUUUCAUCACUCGGUGUGUGAUUGAUUCAUCUGGGCUAUUAAGGCAAUGGUAUUGGCUGAACAGCACCCAGAAGUGGCAGACAGUCUUUACUCAACCUUUGGCUCAAUGUGAUGUCUACUCUCUAUGUGGAGCUUUCGGUAUCUGCGACCAGAAAAGUUUGAAUAUUUGCCGGUGCUCCCAUGGUUUCGAACCAGCUUCAUUGAAAGAAUGGGAGUUCAAUGUUUGGAAUUCAGGGUGCGUGAGGAAAACCAGUUUGCGAUGCAGCAAUAAAAGCUCGACCGGUGGAGAAGGGGAUAGAUUCGUUGAGAUGACCAAUAUGAGACUGCCUGCCAAUCCGCAGAACUUGACUGUUGGGAGUGCUAAAGACUGCGAACGGGCUUGCUUGAACAGCUGCUCUUGCACCGCGUAUGCUUAUGCGAAUGGAUGCUCAAUUUGGACUGGGGACCUUCGGAACCUUCAACAACUCUAUGAUGGUGAUAGUGGAGCUGGAACUCUGCAUCUCCGGCUCGCUGCCUCUGAUUUCUCAGCUUCAAGGACCUCACAUAAGUUCGUAAUAGAUCUAACCCUAAGUGUCAUCGGUGGAACUAUUGGGAUCUUGUGUGUUCUUGUUGGACUAAUUUGGGCAUUUCAAAGGAGGAAACGAAUUCGAAUGGCAAAACAAGUUGAGGGUUCUUUGAUUCAGUUUACAUAUGGCGAUUUGCAGCGUGUGACCAAAAACUUUUCUGAGAAGUUGGGUGGUGGUGGCUUUGGCUCUGUUUUCAAAGGGACAUUAAUUGACUCAACCGAAGUAGCUGUGAAGAGGCUUGAAGGCUUGAGACAAGGGGAGAAGCAAUUCCGAACCGAAGUGAGCACAUUGGCUGCUAUUCAGCAUGUGAAUCUGGUUCACCUUCGCGGUUUCUGCACCGAGGGCAGCAAAAGGCUUCUAGUUUAUGAGUACAUGUCCGGAGGUUCCCUGGACUCUCUUCUCUUUCAAAACAAAUCCACGGUUCUGGACUGGAAGACGAGGUAUCAAAUUAUUCUUGGGAUUGCGAGAGGAUUAGCCUACCUUCAUGAGAAGUGCAGGGAGUGCAUCAUACACUGCGACAUAAAGCCAGACAACAUACUUCUAGACAAGGACUUCUGCGCCAAAGUUGCAGACUUUGGCAUGGCGAAGCUCAUCGGUCGCGACUUCAGCAGGGUCCUGACAACCAUGAGGGGAACCGUUGGCUACCUCGCACCCGAGUGGAUUUCAGGCCUGCCAAUCACCUCCAAGGUUGACGUCUACAGCUUCGGGAUGAUGCUUUUUGAGCUGGUAUCAGGCAAGCGAAACGCAUCGCACUCUGCAGAUGGGAGCAAAAUCUUUUAUCCGUCCUGGGCGGCAACAAAGGUCGUUGAAGGCGAUAUAUUUAGCUUAUUAGACCAUGGAUUCAAAGGUGCUGCCGACCUUGAAGAGCUAACCAGAGUCUGCAGAGUUGCUUGCUGGUGCAUUCAAGACUCUGAAGCUGACAGGCCAACAAUGGGACAGGUGGUGCAGAUCCUAGAGGGAGUCCUGGAGGUGAGCAUGCCGCCACUUCCUAGGGUACUUCAGCUCCUUACGGAAGAUCAGAGCCAAAUUCGUGAUGAUUUGUCAUCCACUGAAUACAAAGAUCCACUUGAUCAAUCUCAGGAUUUCUAUCCGUAAUUGUCAAGCUAUAAGGGCCACAUGAAUCUCUGCUGAGCAUGCCAAUAAUAUGUAACGGGUUAAAGUAUAGCUUAUAGUUGUUAUGAUCCUUAAGAUGGAUGUUUGUAUGAGGGUGUAAUGUUCUAUAGUGGCUGUAAUAUCUAUUUAGUGGCAUAAAUGAGUUACCAACUCAUCACUUUCCAAGCAUUAGUUAUAAAGAUAUGUUAGAUACAUGA